UACAAAUGUGACGGCUGCAUGGGCAAGCCUCUCUUUUGCACUCAUUGUUGUAGGACUGCUCAUAGCCGCAUGCCAUUCCAUCGGAUCAGUCAAUGGAAUGGAGGAUUCUUCGAGGACACUUCCUUGACCAAGAUCGGUCUGGAAAUCCAUCUCGGUCAUGCAGGAGAGCCUUGCCCC